CAUAGUAGAUAACUGGAUUUUUUAAAAGGCCUUCAAUAAUGUAACCCAUAGUACCCUAAUGAGUAAGGUUAGAGAAAUGGAGUCUGGGGACAAGAAGUAGAAUGGUUUGUCAACUGGCUUCAAGACAAAACAGAAGAGUUGUGAGUAAAGGAUUGUUAUUGAGUGACAAACAGUGGGCAGUGGUAUUCCUCAAGGAUCACUAUUCAUAGUUUACAUUCCCAAUUUAGAUUUGGAAUCAAAAUACAAUUUCCAAAUUGUGAUAUGUGGAGGUAUGGUCAGAUACUGCAAUAUAGGAGGACUCCCUCUCUAUCAGAACAGGCUAAUUGGCAAAUAAGGCUCAACACUAAAUGUGAGCAAGUGCACAUUAUGAAAAAGAGAGGCACUAGAAAAAGGGGCAGAGACCAUUCAUAAGGAUGAUAUCAGAAAUGUGUGCAUUGACAUCAGGAAAAUAAAAUCAGGUGAGUUUUUGUUUUUUUUUAAAAAAAGGCUGAACAGGAACCAAAUGGAAGUAAUUAAAGUUAUGAGAGGUUUUGAAAAAGACUGUUUCCUGAAACACAUAAGAAAGGUCAUCAAUAUAAGAUAGUCAUCAAGAAAUCCUAUAUGGAAUUCAGAAGAAGCUUCUCUAAACAAAGAGUAGUAAGAAUUCACAGGUAUCACCAGGAGUGGUUGAAUUAUAUAACUUAGAUGUAUUCCAGGGGAAACUAGACAAACACGAGGGAGAAGAGAAUAGUUGUCUCUUAUAUAUUUGAAUGAGGAAAGACGGAAGGAGGCUUGAGUAGAGCACAUUCACUAAGAUUGGUGAUUGGGCUAGGCUUGUUCUGUGUCAUGUAUCUAACCUAUACCAGUGGCUCCAUAAUAUCAGUGGGAUACUGGGGACCGAGUCCAAUAACGCCAAUACUGAAUCUUCUCUGUGAACUUGGAUAGAUCCGUAUCAGACUGAUGGGAAACUUGGUUCCCAUGAGAAGUGGUGUAUCAGACUGGUAGUGCCAGAAUGCUUAAACACUGUUUGUUUCAGUUUGAUGUUUGACCAUCGUCCACGAUCUUGGCGUGAGCUCCCUUUACGAUUAGCUGACUUUGGGGUUCUUCAUCGCUAUGAGUUUUCAGGCACCUUAACAGGAUUAAGCAGAGUGCGUCGGUUCGAACAGGAUGAUGCUCACAUCUUCUGUAUGAUAGAGCAGGUUGAUGAGGAGAUAAGUGAAUGUCUGGACUUUAUCCGGUCGGUGUAUGGAGUGUUUGGCUUCAGUUUCCAGCUCAUCCUUUCCACACGGCCGGAAAAGUUUCUGGGCGAUCUGCACUUGUGGAAUCAGGCGGAAAAGCAGUUGGAGUGCUGUUUGAAUGCAUUUGAUGAGCAGUGGAGACUGAGUGCGGGAGAUGGAGCAUUUUAUGGACCAAAGAUCGACAUUGAGAUAAAGGAUGCUCUAGGCCGAUACCAUCAGUGUGCUACCAUCCAGCUGGACUUUCAGCUGCCCAUUCAGUUUAAUCUGGUGUACGUUAGUAAAGAUGGAACAAGUGGAAGCCACCCAGUUAUCAUUCACCGUGCUGUGCUAGGAUCGCUGGAACGCAUGGUGGCAAUUCUUGCUGAAGACUAUGCUGGGAAAUGGCCAUUCUGGCUGUCUCCACGUCAGAUUAUGGUAAUCCCUGAUGGACCAGCCUGUGAGGAGUAUGGUCAGAGGGUUUGUCAAGAGUUUGUUGAAGCAGGUUUCAUGGCCGAUGUGGACCUUGAUCCUGAUGUCUUGUUGAAUAAGAAGAUCCGAAAUUCUCAGCUUGCUCAGUAUAAUUUCAUUCUAGUGGUCGGGGAGAGGGAGAAAGCAAAUCAUUCGGUUAGUGUCCAUACAGGAGACAGCAAGGUACAUGAUGAACUCUCUGUGGUUGCAACUAUAGAGAAAAUGAAGCAUUUGCAGCAACUACGUAAAAUGAGGGCUGAAGAGGACUUCUAACUGCCCAUCUUUACGUUGAAUGGAUGAUAGUCAACAGUGAAAAACAUUGAAAGAACUAUUUAAAAUAAACCUCAUUAAUUGAAGCUUCAUUGUUCAUGUUCUGGACUGGAAGGAAUUCUGUAUAAGUGUGAAACAUGGCUAAUCCAAUUUUGGUAUUUAUCUGUAGUUUAAUGAAAUUGUUUGAGAUAUUUUUAGUUAUGUCUAACAAAGAUUCAGUAACUUGUUUGUGGAAACUGCUUUCACAACUGGUGCUCCAAUUCCAUUGCAUGAAGGAAAUAAAGGUAAAUGUAAUCACAGAAACAA